GCCGGAAGUGGAGUGUGGAGUCGGGCUGCGUGCUGACCGUGUCUGCGGCUGCGAGCCACACGGGUCGGGGGAUGCUUCCCCGCAGCGCGGGCGGCCCCGGUCCCCUCGGGCUCCGCGGUUCGGAGGGCACCAUGGACGACAAGGAGCUAAUUGAAUAUUUUAAGUCCCAGAUGAAGGAAGAUCCUGACAUGGCCUCAGCAGUAGCCGCCAUCCGGACUUUGCUGGAAUUCUUGAAGAGAGAUAAAGGGGAGACCAUCCAGGGCCUGAGAGCAAACCUCACCAGUGCCAUAGAAACCCUGUGUGGCGUGGACUCCUCUGUGGCCGUGUCCUCAGGCGGGGAGCUCUUCCUACGCUUUAUUAGCCUCACCUCCUUGGAAUACUCGGAUUACUCUAAAUGUAAAAAGAUCAUGAUUGAGCGGGGAGAACUUUUUCUCAGGAGAAUAUCCCUAUCGAGAAAUAAAAUUGCAGAUCUGUGCCAUACUUUCAUCAAAGAUGGGGCGCGAAUAUUAACUCACGCCUACUCCAGAGUGGUCCUGAGAGUUUUGGAGGCAGCAGUGGCGGCUAAGAAGCGUUUCAAGGUGUACAUUACAGAGUCACAGCCUGACUUAUCAGGUAAGAAAAUGGCCAAAGCUCUCUGCCACCUCAACGUCCCUGUCACUGUGGUCCUAGAUGCUGCUGUUGGCUACAUCAUGGAGAAAGUGGAUCUUGUCAUAGUUGGCGCUGAAGGGGUUGUUGAAAACGGGGGCAUCAUUAACAAGAUUGGAACCAACCAGAUGGCCGUGUGCGCCAAAGCACAGAACAAGCCUUUUUAUGUGGUUGCAGAAAGUUUCAAGUUUGUACGGCUCUUCCCACUAAACCAGCAAGAUGUCCCAGAUAAGUUUAAGUAUAAGGCAGAUACCCUGAAGUCUGUGCAGACCGAACAGGAUCUCAAAGAGGAGCACCCGUGGGUGGACUACACGUCUCCUUCCUUGAUAACACUGCUCUUUACAGACCUGGGGGUGUUGACACCCUCAGCGGUCAGCGACGAGCUCAUCAAGUUGUAUCUGUAACCGCUGGACCCUUCCCUGCUGGCGCAGCUGAGGCACUUGGGGCGGGGUGAGUAGCCUCUUGACCCCUUGGUGAGUCGGGCAGAAACUAAGUUUUUAAGAUUUUAUGUUUAAGUAAUCUCUACACCCAAUGUGGGGCUCGAACUCACAACUCCAAGACCAGGAGUGGUGUGCCCCACCAACUGAGCCUGCCAGGCACCCCUAAAACUGAAUUUUUUUUUUUUUAGUGAAGACUUACAGACUAGAGACCUAAAACUUCAAGAAUUCUUUAUUCAUUUCAGCCCCAUCUAAAAUGUGUUCAUAGUUCCCGUAAAACCCAACCUGAAUUGCGCUCGUGGUUUCCAGGCACUUUCCAGAAACACAAAUUAGAUUACUGGCUACUUACCCAGUGAAAGACCUGCCCAAGCCCACCUCCCUUCUUCCCUGCACUCCAGACUGAUUUGCUACAAGCAUCAAAGAGAUGCAGGCCUUCCUGUGCAGCCAGGCGCCCCUUCAGGAACUAAUAGCUGCCCGGGACACACAUUACGUACGGCGCCUCGUGAGAAAGGCUAGAAACCAUGUUCAGUUCUCAUCAGGCUUCCAGCGGUGAACACGAGCCAGGGACUGCCAUCCCCUCAUCGGUCUGGGGGCAGACAGAAUGGAAACCAGCAAGAGAACCCAAGGAAGGCAGAAACGGCAUUUAGCAGGAGCAUCCUAUAUGGCUCAUCACGUAUGAAGACCUUCCAGAACGUUUAUAAGCUGAAAUUCUGCAUCUGUGAAAGAUGUGAAUCUCCUUUAGAUGUUGUUUGUGCCUGAACAGCUUUUUAAAAUUGUACUUGGGGACAAAUCGAGCAUCUUUUCAAAUAAAUUCUAUGAAGGGUUUUGA